AUGAAAGAUGCCAUAGCCACGAGUGUUUUAUCUAAGCAAUGGCAGUCUCUUUGGAAGAAGAUGCAUGAACUCAAGUUUGACUAUCGGGAUCACAAUCUUACACGCGGGACGUUUUCAAAGGAUGUCUGCACGUGUUUGCUUUCACACAAAGCUCCGGUUUUACAGAGCUUGCAUCUCAAUGUUCAUCUAGACAGAUGUAACCCAGAGGAUACUGGAAUCUUGAUCGGAGUUGCGUUUGGACUCCAUGUGCUUAAGCUGGUACUCGAAGUUCAAAGUAUAGGGCAAGACUUCAUUUUUCCAAGAAGCUUGUAUACCUUUAAAACACUAGAGAUAUUGAAACUCAAGUGUAAAGUUCUCAUCGAUUUACCUUCUCAACUUUGUCUGAAAUCCCUUAGAACUCUACACCUUCACUAUGUGGAUUACAAAGACGAUGAGUCAGUUGUUAACCUUUUAUCUGGAUGUCCUAAUCUUAGAACUUUGUCUGUGCAUCGACAUGCAAUAAGCUACACUGUGAAUACUUUCACUAUUGCGGUGCCAUCUUUACAGAAGCUAUCGAUUUAUAACAGCCAUGGUGGAGAUCAGAAUUGGGGAUAUGUGAUCAAUGCUCCUUCUUUGAAAUACUUGAAGAUUAAAUUGUUUUCUGGUCUAGGGUUUUUUCUGAUUGAGAAUGUGAUGACGGAUUUGGAGGAAGCAACUAUUGUUAUUGUCCCUAAAAUAAUCGACGAGAACAUUUUGGGAUCACUUACUUCAGUCACACGUCUUUCCUUGAAGAUAUCACCCUUGGCGAUUAAGUUUCCUACCGAGAGUUUCUUCUAUCAGCUGGUAUCUUUGGAGCUGCAUGAAAAUAAAGAAACGUGGUGGAAUCUACUUACCUCCAUGCUCGAUAUUUCUCCUAAAUUGCAAGUCCUCAAGCUCAUCAACGUAAGCAAUGUUCAUCAAUCUGUCAGCAAGUUUUUCAAAUCUGUUUUUGCUUGUUUGCUGGUGUAA